CCGGCGCAGCCCCCGCGGGGAACCGCGACACCGGGUGGGGGGGGAGCGCCUGGGGUAGGGGCGGGGGGGGGCCCGACGGGCGUGGGGACACGCACCCACAAGCACAUACACCCCAUGCACUCGCACCUCCACGGCAUGCGUGUCCGUGCCCCUGCGCACGCGCACGCGUGCAAGCCGGGCCGCGCCGCCUGUGCGCACACUCACGCGCAGCCACGGAGCGCCGCUGCGCGCGCACGGGCGCACACGCGUGUACGCCGCGCCGCUCGCGCACCCCCGGGCGGGCGCAGCCGCGCACGAGCAGCCGCCCGCCGCUGCGGAGGAGGCGCUGCCCGGCACGCGCGCGCUCGCCGCUGCCCCGCCACGCGCGGACGCUGACGCGGCACGUGGGGGCGCGACGUUACAAGCGCGCGGCGCCUGGCGCCGGCAUCAAAACCCGCGCGAGCCCGCGGAUGCACGCGGCGGCGGCGCGGCCGCCCGGGUGGGCCCGGCCGCGCGCCGGAGCCCGCACGUGGACGGCCACGUGAAAACACACGCGGGCACCCGAGUGAGCGGAAGCCGACGUGAGCGCGCGCAAGCGGAGACAGACCCGCACGUGAGCGCGCACGCGCGCACCCACGUGAGCGCACACGGGCACACCCACGAGAUGCCGCCCUCCCUGCCGGCUACCAUCAACAUCCGGGAGCCCCGCUGGGACCAGAGCACCUUCCAGGGCCGGGCCAAGCACUUCUUCAUGGUGACGGACCCCCGAAACCUGCUGCUCUCGGGGGCCGCGCUGGAGGAGGCCCGCCGGGUGGUGGAGGAGUACAGAGCAGGCACGGUACCCCCGGGGCUGACGGAGGACCAGCUGUGGCGGGCGAAGUACAUCUACGACUCAGCUUUCCACCCUGACACGGGCGAGAAGAUGCUCCUGGUGGGGCGCAUGUCCGCCCAGGUCCCCAUGAACAUGACCAUCACCGGUUGCAUGUUGACCUUCUACAGGACCACGCCGGCCGUGCUGUUCUGGCAAUGGGUCAACCAGUCCUUCAAUGCCAUUGUCAACUACACCAACCGCAGCGGGGAUGCACCCAUCACUCCUAGCCAGCUGGGGACAGCCUAUGUGAGUGCGACCACAGGAGCAGUUGUCACAGCGCUGGGGCUCAAAUCUCUUACCAAGCACUUGCCAGCUAUCGUUGGCCGGUACGUACCUUUUGCAGCUGUGGCUGCUGCCAACUGCAUCAACAUCCCGCUGAUGAGGCAGAGAGAGCUCAAGCUGGGGAUCCCUGUCACGGAUGAAAAUGGGAACCGCCUGGGCGAGUCCACGGCUGCAGCCCAGAAGGCCAUUUUCCAGGUGGUGGUGUCCCGCAUCGGCAUGGCAGCCCCAGCCAUGGCCAUCCCCCCGAUGAUCAUGAACAUGCUGGAGAAGAGAGCUUUCCUGAAGCGGUACCCGUACCUGAAUGCUCCCCUGCAGGUUGGCCUGGUGGGACUCUGUUUGGUGUUUGCGACCCCGCUCUGCUGCGCACUCUUCCCACAGAAAAGCUCGAUGGCCGUGAGCCGCCUGGAGCCUGAAGUCCAAGCUCGGAUCCGGGAGAAAGACCCACGGCUGGAGACCGUCUACUUCAACAAAGGGCUCUGAACAGGGGUCCCGGGGUAGCCGAGAUGCGUGCUGCAGAGCCAACACAUUGCUGAGCUUCACCCCUCGAAUCCCUUCAGGGCUGCCACCUCUUUCCCUUGGCCAUCUCUUGUCCGUAGGUCCCAGGUGCUCUGUGCUGCUUCCCGGGAUGCCUGCAGCCACGCAGCACCACGCUGCGCUGAACCCCAUCCCCACACCUGGGCUCAGCCCGGCUCUGGGGACCUGCUUGGCUGGCUCACCCUGUGUGUGCCCAUAGCUGUGUGCAGUGCACAGGGAAGCACUAGCAGCAGCACCAGGGACCCUGCGAGCGGAGGUGUGGGGUGGAGAAGGAAAUGGUGCUCCCCAGCUUUAGGAGGCAGCAGGCAAUCAUGGCGACUGAGAGUUGAACCCUCUGCAGGCACCCUGUGUUCCCCAGCGGUUCAGCAGCUGGUGCCUGGGGAUGGCAGAGCAGCUCUCAGAGAGAGCUCCCCAUACCCAAAAUAGCUGUCUGUGUGUGAGUGAUUUCAAGUGCACAUGGUGGCUCAAAACCAGGGGGGCCCUCCCAGCCCAGGCUUGUGCUCUCAGCUCACCCUCUGCUCUCCUCUGGGCUGCUCUGGGGAUUUAAUCUGGCUUUCUGCUUCUUCCAUCCCCAAAGCAAAUGGCACAUUUUAAUCCCAGUAGAGAGUGCCCCUUUUUCUUCUCAUGUUAACGCCAUCUCUGUUCAGGCUGGGCUCCCCCCGAGGGGUCACUACCCCUUCCUGGAGUUCUUGCUUUCAGGUGGACCUUCUCAAAUAGCUUUAAGUGCACUGUGGUUUCCUCUAGUUAUUUUUUAUAUACAUAUAAUGUACCUAUAUAUACCAAAUAAUAAAGGCAGAUUGUUUAUAGAAAACAAAAAGCAAAGAGAA